AUGCGACCUCAACCAUGUCGCUUUCCCUCAGCCGAGCCAAUGGACUUCUUCGAAUUCGUUAACUCGCCGUCUUCCGGCUCUAGCAGUUGUAGCGUCGACGAGACGUCAUCGGUGCUAACCCCUUCACAAAGCGACUCCGGUGAGAACUUCGUCCAUUCGUUCGCCGAGCUCAGGAGCACCAUCUACCCGCCAAACCCCGACUUUGACAUUGCGGAGAAGCCAUGGCUGCCGGGUCCGCAGCAGCCUUAUUUAUUAGUGAACGCUAAGAUUGUUGACCCGCGUGAGGGCAAGGUGCACGAGGGCAUGUCCCUACAACUUGUGGGAGGCAAAAUUGUCCGUAUAUCACCGACUACACCGGCGCACCUAGCAGGCGACUUGAUCUUCAAUGGGAAAAGGGUGGUCAGAAUCGAUGCUGGAGAUUAUUACGUCUGUCCUGGUCUAAUUGACUGCCACGUCCAUCUUAUGGCGGUGCAUGGAUCUAAUACCUUGCAGGGUGCUUUCACGUUCCCCCACGAGACUGCGGUGUUUCGAUCAGCCGGAACUCUUCGUGGCAUCCUUGCCAAUGGCUUUACGACAGUGCGGGACACUGGCGGCGCAACUAUCGCUCACGCGAAGGCCACAGAGGAGUUUUUGGUCCCAGGCCCUCGUGUAUUCCAGGGUGGACGCAUGCUCUCUCAAACAGGUGGUCAUGGUGAUGACACGGAGGUGUGGAUGGACGACCACUGCUGCAGUGGAGGCAAGGGGAUCGGGGCCUCUGCUUUGGGGAGGCUCUGCGAUGGCGUCCCCGAGUGCUUGAAGGCAGCUCGCGAUAACAUGCGGAAAGGAGCAAACCAUAUCAAGGUCUGCGCUUCGGGAGGAAUCGGUUCCGCUACGGACAAGCUUGAGAGCUUGCAGUUCACUAAGGAGGAGCUCGAAGCUAUCACGUCAGUGACGAAGAACAUGGGAGGCACUCUAGUCACGGCGCACUGCUACACGGCGGAAGGUAUCCGUCACGCCAUUGCGGGCGGGGUCCGCGGUAUUGAGCACGGCAACAUGGUCGAUGAGGAGACUGCCGCUUUGAUGGCAUCCGUCGGCUGCUUCCUCACGCCAACGCUCGCGCUGCACACUUUCGUGACCAUGCCCCCAUAUGACAAGUUCGAAAGUCCUGAGGGCCUACGCAAGAACGCCAUUGUCGGAGAUGCCGGUAUCCGAGCCAUUCGCAUCGCCGAGGCCGCAGGCGUGACCGUGUGCUACGGUACUGACACCACCGGGCCGACGCUCGUCAUGCAGACAUACGAAUUCGUCGUGCGUGGCAAGAUCCUACCUUCACCCACGGUGCUAAGGCAGGCCACUAUAAACGGGGCAAAGCAGCUAGGUAUGGAGGGUUUGCUGGGCGAACUCAUUGAAGGAUCUUUUGCCGACUUGCUGUUCUUGAAAGAGAAUCCUCUGGAUGACGUAUCUACUCUGGACCGUACUAGGGACAAUCUCAUGCUAGUCAUGAAGGAUGGCCGCAUUGUCAAGAGUCAGAUACAGGAGCUGAAGCCGGAAAGGACCUGCGACUGGAAUUAUUGA